AUAAAUAACACAAAAAACUUAAAAAUCAAAUAAUUAAUUUUUCUAUUUUAAAAUAGAAAAAAGAAGAAGAAAAAAAAAACUCUUUGAAGUGUUUAUCACCUCCACUCAAAAUCAUAACUUCAUUUUUCAAACGGAUAACACACAUGGCUUGCAGUUCUACACCCCUCCUAUCACCACCAACAACCACCACAAUCACCACCAUCAACCACCACCACCACCACACUCUCCAACCCAUCUUCCCAAUCUUCACCAAACCCAACCUCAACCGUAAACUCACCACAAAACUCCACGUCUCCUCCUCACCAACAAACAAACCCACAACAACAACACAAACCCAAACCCAAAACCCCAACCAAGAAACCAUCUUCUUCGACGGUGGAGCUCACUACGGCGAUCUCAUCACAAACCUCUUACUAGGCUUCACUCUUGUAUGGCUGCCCUUAACUUUAGCAGCAGUUUCAAGGGCACUUUACCUUCGUUACAGGUUCACUAACUUAAGAGUGUCCGUAAUAUCAGGCUUAACUGGUGAGGAUAGAAGUGACUUUUCAUAUAGUGUGAUUAAAGAUGUUCAAGUUGUUCCUAGGUUCAUUGGUGAAUGGGGUGAUAUUGUUAUUACUUUGAAAGAUGGUACUAAGAUUGAUCUUAGGAGUGUUCCUAAGUUUAGAGAAAUUGCUAAGUAUUGUUUGUCUAUGAAGGAGAAGAGUUCUCAGGUUUAAUCAAAGGCUUUUGAUUCUUUUUUUUUAUAUACAGGUAUUUAAUAUUUGUUUUUGUAUACAUAUAUGUAUGUAAAUUUUUUAUUUGUUUUGUUUUUUGGGAUUAAUUUGAUUGUUAAGUAAUGUUAACAUGAUGAUGUACUGAAUUUUGUUGUGUAUUAUUUUUUUUUGUAAUUUAAUGAUAAUGGAAUUUGAGUAA